AUGUCGUCCUCACCAAUCCAACCCACCUCUCCUAAACAAACGACCUACGAAAUCGCCUCCACCGCCCCCCGCCUCUCCCUCCGCAAAUGCAUCGACAAGUUUGCCGAUUUCCUCAAAGUCCAUGAUAUUUUCUGGGCCGGGAUCGAGCUCGAACCAACCACUGCCAACGGCCAACUAAGCCCCGGGACCGGACCAUCUGUUCCAGCGGGGAAGGUUCUCAGGGUCUAUAUCUACGAUUCUGAGGAUCCAGUGGCGGUGAGCUACUUGUUCCAACAAAGCGGUUUUGUGAAAGAUCAGCUACCCGAAGGGAUUGAGGUGGUCGAGUUUGUAGAACUGAGUACUAUAAGAGAUUCCAAGGGGAAAUGA